AUGCGUUGUCCUACGGUCGCGCUCGUAAUGCUCGCGCAUGCGUUCCUCGCCCGGAGUGCCAUCUAUCUGCAGUCGCAAAACAGCGUCGGGCGCCAAUUCCUCGACAAUUUCGAACAUGAGGCCAUCGAUGACCCCACCCAUGGCCGCGUGACAUACGUGGACGAGGCGACCGCACUGGCGAGCAAUCUUACCUACGCAUCACAGCACUCCUUCGUAAUACGCGCAGACCAUACGACUGUGCUCUCCGACUCUGACCCAGGAAGACAAAGCGUGCGCAUCAGAAGCAAACGCGUGUUUACAACCCAUGCUGUUGUGAUGGACAUCCGUCAUAUGCCGCAGGGCUGCGCCACAUGGCCUGCGGCAUGGGAAACCUUGGAGAGUGACUGGCCCGCCUCCGGGGAGAUCGACAUCGUCGAGGGAGUCAACGACGUGGAGCCGAACGCGAGCACGUUGCACACCAGCUCCAAUUGCACAAUGCCCGAAACACGUUCUCAGACCGGGACGACAGUCUCCACAAACUGUGACGUGGAUUUCAACUACAACGCUGGCUGCGGGGUACAAGCCCCUGCCACUAACUCGUAUGGCCCCGCAUUCAACGCCGCCGGCGGUGGAUGGUAUGCUAUGGAGCGCACGAACAAGUUUAUUAAAGUAUGGUUCUGGCCAAGGAACAGCAAGUUCGUCCCGCUCGACGUUUACUCCGGUAGCCCCAUCAUAGAUACUACAUUUUGGGGUACACCAUACGCGAGCUUCCCAUCGACUUCUACCUGUGAUCUGGAGGCUAAAUUCGGAGAGAAUAAUAUCAUCAUAAAUCUUACCCUCUGUGGCGAUUGGGCCGGCGCCGUAUUCACCUCGAAUGGUUGUGGUGCCAGCUGCACAGACUACGUUAACCGGAACCCUGCCGCCUUCGUGGACGCAUACUGGGAUUUCGCCCGAUUGUCCGUCUACGAGUAG